AUGGAAGAGCGCAGGGCAUCCUCGACAAAUCACAGCGAGUGCCCUUCGGCUGCAGCAAUUGAGUACAACAAACCACUUUUCUUGUUUUUAGAUGGGCCGCUUAAGCUGAGUCUCGAAGAUUUCGACGAUCCAGACCUGUACGCAGAUCCCUCUCCGCAGGAAUGGGUCCGUCGCUGUGCUAGCCGGCGAAACAAGGAGGCUCUGUGUCGGCUGGGACAUUCUGCCAGUAACGAGGCCUCAGCUCACUCUUGCAUCUCUGCUACUCACUCACGCCGCGGUUCUGUCAAUGGCAAGCUAGACGAUAACAACGACGGGAGGAACACUAGUGGUGAUGACCGUGCUCCGCGCUCGGGCUCCGAGGGCGGUUCUGACACUCUCUCUGUCAGAAAUGGGGCUCCGCACGAAACGGACGAAAAUUUGCCGAAAAGGGUGGUAGGACUGUCUGACGGUGUCUCAAUCAUGGAAAGACACACGUCGGAUGCAGUCUGCGAACACCUACAGUUUGACGAACGGUGUUCGAAGGAUGCAGACGUGCUACAUUUCCUCGAUGGCGACUGGCGGAUGACCCCUUGUUGGGUUACAGACUAUUUCAAAGACGAAAAGAAAUUCAAAGUGCGGUUGAAAGUGGACGGGACCGAGAAAACCGUGCAUCGCCUCGCGAUCCGAUUCGUUGGUGAAGAUCCAGUAAAGUGUCAAGAAAGAGCAGAACGAUGCCGACGCAGGCGGGACCAGAUGCGUCUGCGCCAGUCUCUUAUCAACCUCAUUCACGGUCUCCAGGACUGUGAGUUCCCACCGCUAGGAACACACGCCAGACAGCGAUUGCUGAAGCGCAUUUUGCUCAAGGGUCGAGGCUGUCUGCGAAAGCUCGAUCAUGGAUAUGUCCGUGACUUGUUCCGUGAGAUGGAAGACCUUCAUAUGUUCGCCAUGAAGUUCGCAGCAGUCCGACACAAAACGCUUACCCUGAAUGGUACUCCCUACGCGUUUCUCACUCCUGAGAAGCUGCAGUCGAGAUUUGGAUCUCUCUUCGUUCCUCUCCUUCCUUCGGCGAUGAAGGAAAAGGGAUGCGAACCUGUCUCCGGCAUGCAGACACUCUCGAGAACCCGGGCGCUGCUCAGGCGGAGUCCACAUUUCAAGAAGGGAAUCACUAAGGCUUUCAAACUGGCUCAGUUCAUUCAACACCAGCAAGACCACUGCGCAGAUGUUCAGGAUGUCCUUGAAGAACAUUGGCGUGAAUAUAUUUACAAUGAGACCAUGGCGACUCUUGGCGCAUUAGAAGGCGAAUACCAUUUCUACGUCGACGACAUGGAGAAAUACUUGCGGAGCGACCUGCGCAAGAUUCUGCGUAAAAUUGACAUCAUCCUCUCACAUCACAUGAUGGAAUUCGUUCGGACCUCGAUUGCCGACUGGAAACACUUCUUCCUCUCUUUCGUCGCCGACGAAACACAACGCCCCGCUGACCCUCUCCUCAUUCUUGAUGUCCGCGCCACAGAAAAUGAGAAGGAGCUGCUUCCCUUUCUUCAGUUGCCAAAUCCACCAUUGUACGAGAUUUCGGCGACGUAUGAACCGCUGAAUGAGACUCGAGAGGCAGUCCAAAGCGUGCUGCGAACGUGUCUAGGAAAGGCAGAAAACUACAUCGCUCUCUUCAACAAGUUUGCAUAUUUAUCCAGUGAUGUUGCAGAGGGCGCAAAGAACGCUCACGUCGACUUUGAUCCGUCAGACCUUCCGAGUGUCCGCGAACGUCUAGAGAAAUACCACACUGCAAUGUUUGAAAUUGAGACGGUCUGCCCGACAGAAGUCAAACUGCAGAUGAUCGUACUGGAUUGCUCGCACGUGAAAGAAACACUUUCGGCCAAGGCGGAAAAGCUCUGGAAAGCUGAAUGCGAGAGAGUGUCUAAGUUCAUAGAGGAUGAAAUAGCUGCUGUCGUGAGAGAGUGGAACGACCUCCAUGACCGCGUCUUGACUAUUCCAACGACAGAGGAAGAGCUAGGUUCCUUAAAAAACCUCAUCGCCACAAUAAAUGAAUUGUCGGAUCCCCUGACGUCAAGAACGAGGUUCAUUCAUGAAGCCAUCGACCUACUCGCGUCGGUCAAUUUCGCCAUCAACAAAACUGUGCACGAAGAGGCCUACAGGGCCUUCAGCUGGCCUCUCCAGAUUAAAUUCGACCUUGUGGAAACGGGUGGAAUUCUUGAAAAAGGACGACUGCGGUUUGAGGAGAAAUUGGAAGCGGACAAGGCAGAGUUGGAGAAGGACUUGAGCCAGCUGGAGCAAGAAGUUGAUUUCGUCCGAAACGAGAUGGGCGACACCGAGCAGGCGAUGGAAUAUUACAAACGAAUCGUGCAGCUGCAGGAACAACUGACGGCCGCCAAGAACCGAACUGAGGCCUUUAAGAAGGCAGAAACUCUGUUUGGCUUGGAGGAACCGUCCGACUACAGUCGUGUCGACGACCUUUAUGCAGCCUUCGAGCCUUUCAGAAAAUUGUGGGCGUUGGUCGUCGACUUCAAGUACGGUGAACUUCAGUGGCUGAGCGCCGCCAUCACGUCUUUGGAUCCGGCGGAGGUCGAGACGAGUUUGGAUCGAUGGAGUCAAGAGGCGUACAAGUUGCGGAAGCACUUUCUCACAGAUUCACGUUCCGUGCAGGUCGGAGUCGCGGAUGCGUUGCACCUCUCCAUAGAACGCUUUCGUCAGCAUCUUCCUGUGAUUCGUCCUCUCUGCAACGAGGCGUUUUUACCGCGGCACUGGGUCGAUCUGCUGAAAACCAUUGGUUGCGACCUAGACGUCGACGAGGGCUUCUCCCUCACUCAACUUCUCGACAGCGGGAUCCAAGACCAUCUACAGAUCGUCGAAGAAAAAAGCGAGCUCGCCCAGAAGGAGUUCACGUUGAAGAACGCCCUGGUGAAGAUGAAGGUCGAGUGGAAAGCGAUGCAGCUCCAACUCAUCCCUUUCAAAGACACACACACGUACGUCAUGAAAGGCUUUGAUGUCGUCCAGGCUCUUCUGGACGACCACCUCGUACGCACGCAGACGAUGCGCGGCUCGCGCUUCAUCCGGUGCAUAGAAUACCAAAGUCGAGAGUGGGAAUCGAAGUUGCUGGAAACCCAACAGGCUCUCGACAGUCUCCAAGCCUGCCAACGUUCCUGGAUGUACCUCCAGCCGAUUUUCCAGAGCGCAGACAUCUCGCAGCAAAUUCCACACGAGGCAGGGCUGUUCCGAGAGGUCGAUGACCUGUGGAGACGCACCGUCGCCCAAGCCGAAGAGACACCCGGAGUUCUGGAUAUCGUGGAAUUCGGCAAUCUCCACCACGACUUCACGCAAGCAAAUACGAAGCUAGCGCAGAUUAUGAGGGGCGUGAACGACUUCCUCGAGACCAAGCGCCUCGCCUUCCCCAGAUUCUUCUUCCUCUCCAACGAGGAGCUCCUCGCGAUCCUGUCGCAAACGACGGACCUGUCACCCGUUCAAAUGUAUUUGAACAAAUGCUUCGAGGGGAUUCACAGAGUCGCUUUCGACGAACAUGGGACGGUCAUAAACGCCAUACGAAGCGCUGCCGGAGAAGAAAUUCCUCUCGGACGCCACGUGGCUCUCGUGGACGGAUCCCGAUUUGUCGGAGCUGAACACUGGCUUGGCGAGGUUGAAAGCUCUGUCAGUGACAGCCUGCGGGAUGUCAUGGAAGCUGCGAUGAAAGAUUACCAGAUACGACCCAGAACAGAAUGGUGUUUAUCCUGGCCCGGUCAGGUCGCCCUAACGGCCAGCCAGAUCUUCUGGACUUCAGAGGUCGCGGACGCGAUCAAUGGUGCCCAACUAGCUAGCUACCUGGACAAAUGCAAUGAUCAACUUCAGGGACUCGUUCGUCUGGUCCGCGGCCGCUUAACGCAGCUGAAUCGCCUGACAGUGACGACUCUUCUGACCAUCGACGUGCAUGCGCGGGACGUGGUGGAAGAGUUGAAGAAGGAGAACACGUCUUCUUUGUCGGAUUUCGAGUGGCUCGCGCAAUUGCGUCUGUCGUGGCAGCAGCCAGGAAGUGUCACUUUGCUGACGGGAAAGAGAAACACAAAGCCGGAGAUUCAGCUGAGCAUGAUCAACGCGCGAAUCUUUUACGGAUUUGAAUACUUGGGCAGCACGGAAAGACUCGUCAUCACGCCCCUAACUGACCGGUGCUACCGAACUCUGAUCGGCGCUUUCCACUUGCAGUACGGCGGCGCACCGGAAGGUCCAGCGGGGACAGGAAAAACUGAAACGACCAAAGACUUGGCAAAAGCUGCGGGUAUGCAGUGUCUCGUUUUCAACUGCUCUGACGGUCUCGACUACGUGUCGAUUGGGCGCUUCUUCAAGGGCCUGGUUUCCUCGGGAGCUUGGUGCUGCUUCGACGAAUUCAACCGAAUCGAAGUCGAAGUUCUGUCGGUCAUUGCUCAACAAGUGCAUGCAAUUCAACAGGCCAUACGCAACCAGGUUAAAGUUUUUCUUUUUGAAGGGACGGAUGUGAAACUCGUACCCUCGUGCGCCAUCAAUAUUACCAUGAAUCCGGGCUAUGCCGGAAGAUCCGAUCUACCAGACAACCUGAAGGCUCUCUUCCGACCUUGCGCGAUGAUGAUUCCGGACUUUUCGUUGAUUGCGGAAGUGAUGCUAUACUCAUAUGGAUUUGCAGACGCCCGGAAUGUGGCUCGCAAGGCCCUGGCGUGCCUCCGUCUGUCGUCAGAGCAGCUGUCAUCGCAAGACCACUACGACUUUGGUAUGCGCGCUCUGAAGGCGAUUCUUACCGCAGCCGGGCAGUUGAAAAGAACGUUUGGAUCAGCGUUUGAGGAAGACGAACUGACCCUGUACGCGCUGGAGAGGGUCAGCGUUCCCAAGCUUACUCCCAACGAUACUCAGCUCUUCCGUGACAUCGUUUCAGAUCUGUUUCCAGGGGUGAAAGUGGCCUCUGAAGACAACGGCUUUCUGCUUUCUCGUAUCGAGCAGGUUGCGAAGAAAAAGAACCUUCAACCUACAGAGGCGUUUCUAACAAAGUGCAUUCAACUCUGGGACACCAUCAAAGUGAGGCACGGGCUCAUGAUUGUGGGGGCGACACUGACGGGGAAAACGGCGGUGCUGGAGUGUCUCGCGGAGGCUCUUGGACGCGCCUGCGAAGGCCGAGAACGCGAACGGGAAAACGGAGGCAGUGAUCGCGAAGAUCUAUUCAGAGACACCAAAGAGAGACACGAAGGGAGGAAAAGGAGAGACAGGCAACGCAACGCUGCCAGGCAGCCGUUGGAGGCCGACGAAGGCCGAGUUGCAGUAGCGCAAGAGAUAAGCGACGAAGACGAAUGGGAGGAAGAACCCAACGGAGACGAAACAGAAGAAGAAGGUCGAGAGGGAGCCCAGCAGGAAAAAGACGAAGGAGGUCGCCGACGUGGAAAGGAAGAGGGGGAAAAUGGGACAGUACCUCACGAAUACUUGCCAUGCAAACUGUAUAAAAUCAAUCCGAAAAGUGUUACACAGGGACAGCUUUACGGCAAAUACGAUGAAAACACGCAAGAGUGGACAGACGGAGUUCUUGCAAUCGCUAUUCGGGCUGCCUCCAACGAAAGCGAUGUUCAAGCCCGGCAGUGGAUCGUCCUUGACGGCCCCGUCGAUGCGGUGUGGAUUGAGAACAUGAAUACGGUCUUGGACGACAACAAAAGGCUUUGUCUCACGAGCGGAGAGAUCAUCAAACUCUCGGCCCUGACUACGAUGAUCUUCGAAGUCGAUGACCUCUCCUCUGCUUCUCCAGCCACUGUCUCCCGUUGCGGGAUGGUCUACCUUGAUCAAGCGCAGUGCACUUGGGAGCCGAUGGUGAUUUCCUGGAUCCAUCAGCAGAGGCAGAAAGCACCAAACUCCCUUCCGCUGUCCUGCAUAGACGAAAGCGAGUCCGGGUUGUCUCUCACAGACUUGUUUCUCCAUGCUCUCCCGAUCUUCCUUCAAUUUAUAAAGGUCAACAGUACAACGCCUUGCGUCGUGUCAGAUAACUGGUGA